AUGGAAAAUCAACGAGAAAUUCAACCAGAUGUUUCCAUCGAGUGUGGUGAAUUUAAUAGCCGUACAACAACAACAUCAACUUUUCUAACAAGAAUUGCUUCGUUUCUUGGAUUAAAACCAAAAGCUAAAUUGCCAAUUAAACGUGUUUUAAUCAAUUUUGCUCUAAUUUUUAUUUUUGGUAAAUUUAAUUUUUAUUUAAAAACAAUUUUUUUGUUAGGUGCUUUGAUUGAGGCGUUCCUUCACAUUCUUGGGCCUUUCACUCGUGGAUUCUUUUGUGAUGAUAAUUCUAUUCGUUUGCCUUAUAAAACUGGAACAAUUCCUCUUUGGAUGUUAAUUCUUUAUUGUUUAUUGGUGACUAACUUAACGUUUAUUAUUGGAGAAUAUUGGCGUUUAGUUGAUCACAGAACAGCUUCAGAACAUUUGGUGAUUUAUGAACAUGGAGAAUCUUUUCGUGUUCGAUUGCUUAUCCGUUUGGUUUUCUUUCAAGGAUUUUUCUGUGUUGCUAUCCUUGCUACAUUAAUUUUCACUUCACUGGCUAAAUUCUCUGUUGGACGACUUCGACCACAUUUUUUGGCAAUAUGUGACCCUUUAAUUAAUGGAAAGGAAAAAGAAGCUCAUUUUUGUUCUCUUCCAGAAAAUCAACAUUUUUAUGUCGAGAAUUAUACUUGUGCAAAUACUUCAAAUUCUUCUUUGAUUUUUGAGGGUCGACUAAGUUUUUUCAGUGGACAUUCAAGUUUAUCAAUGUGCGCUGCUGUCUUCACUGCUCUUUAUUUACAUUGUCGAUUAAAACCUUUAAUUAAUUACGUUGUUGUAAUUCCUCUUUUACAAAUUUGUGUUCUUUCAACUGCCAUGUUUAUUGCAUAUACAAGAAUUAGGGAUAAUUUGCAUCAUUGGUCAGAUAUUUUUGUUGGAAUGGCAACAGGGUCAAGUGUUGCUACUUUUGUGGGUUUAACUGUUGUUGGAUUUAAAUUAAAUACCCAUACUUUUGAAGAAUCUAUUUCAUUGAAAGAAGGAAGAAGAAAUGUUCCGUCUGGAUAGGUUAAUUAGUAAAUCUCUUUUAAAUUCCUUUCGAGUUAAUAAGCAGUUACAGUCGAACCUCUCUAUAAAAUACCCCAAUAUUAGUAAACCUCUAUUUAAGAGACACUAUUUAAUAUUUGGCUGGCUAUUGGGUUGGGGGAAGCUGCCUAAGGAGACCUUCUAUUUAAGGAACACCUCAUUAUAAAAGACUAUUUUCGAGCGUACCUCUUAAAGUGGGGAUGGAUUGGUCGGGUUACGAAAAAAAGUCAGACCGGGUUUAAAAAUUUUUUUUCGGAUCAGGGUGUAUCAUGUGAUG